CGAGGCAGACUAGGCAUGCUCGCUCAGCAGCGGCCGCUUCAGGUUGGGCUGCUCGCUCUCUCGCUUGCUCGCUCGCUCACAACCCCGCGGCCGGGAACGGCGGCGGCGGCUGCGGCGGGGCCAGCAGCGGGAGGCAGCAUGAGGGAGCCUCUCGAGCUUCCCUCUUUGCCCCAUUCUUUUUCAGUCCAGCAAACAGGAGAGUCCACGAUCUUCAAAGAGAUCAAAAUCAGUGGCCUGCUGACUUAAGGAAUGCUGGGGGAAGCUUACUCACAAAAUCCAGCCUAAAAGGAAAGGUGACGGAUCCUGCCCGAGAGAGGUUUCCAAUGGCUGAGCUUUGACAGACACCAAUGCACCAUGUACAGUGUGGAGGAUCUCCUAAUUUCACAUGGAUACAAAUUGUCACGCAAUCCUCCAGCACCCCAUGAGGAUAGAUAUGAUGGAUAUCAGCAGGAGAGUUCAGAGAGUAGAGCUGGUCAUGGAACGCUGAAUGGGUAUGAAGCAGACCCUACAGCCUUUGCUUAUAAUAAGAAAUCGCUGGGAAAAGGAUAUUUGAGUGACAAUGAGAACAGUGGAGCAGUACCGGGGAGCCACAGAGACCCCCCAAGUUCAUCUGCUUUCCAUCAUUCUGAGGAGGGGUUUCGUAACCAGCCACCAUUAGCGUGGUCUUCCCAGCCUAAUCCAGAUCUUGCCUACUGGAGAAGAAAAGGACAAGACUUCAGUGUACUGCUGGAUUAUACAGACAGGGGUAACCUUGAAACUCCCAGAAUGGCAGAGCCGCACGGUAUGAGCCGAAAUGUGAGAGAGGGUCAGUUGGAAGUAGGAUCGAGGUUGGAAAAUACAAUGAGGAGAGCGGUUUUAGAAGACAGCUGGAAAGUAUCUGGAGAUCCCAAGUGGCAGAACGCAAAUUUUGAGAGCUGGAACCAGCCUAGGAGACUGGGGAGGCAGAUGUCUGAUGGAGAUGGGGAGAAGCUGCUGCAAGAUCUGUACUCAUUCACUAAAGGAGACAAUACAUUUAACUCCCAAAACAAGGGAAAGUCCCAAUCAUUGCCUAGAGUUCUUUCCCCCGACACCCUAAGAUGUGUGGAAAUGCCCAUUCUAAUAAAUGAUUACCAUUUUCAAGGGGAUGCCAAAAUGCUAUUUUAUCCUACAAAUAGUACGUCAAACUUGGAGUACCUAAGAAACCCUGAAAAGGGAUACCCCUAUAUUCCUUUACAAAAGCCCAAGUAUGGGAGACCCCUAAAACCUCCAUCUUAUGAACUCCACCGGCAAACUCGGGGUGGAGUAGAAACCAGCAGGUAUCAGGAUAACUACCAGAAAGACUGUAUUUCUUUUCUGCCCAAAACUAAUGAGCCCAGGCAGGACCCUUAUAAUCCAGACCCAAAUUUGGAGCCUCCCAUGUACGUCCCACCACCAUCUUACAGGUCACCACCCCACCAGAACACAAAUCCACAUUUCUUAAACGAAGUGCCUCAUUUCCAGUAUGGUGAUCACACACAGCAGCAGCAACAGCAGCAGCAGCUGAUGGAGAAGGCCAUUGCUGGCCAUUAUUCUUCACCUAGCUCCUACAGGUCUGGGAAUCAAUAUGGUGCAAGUGUGUGUCCCCCCCGUGGUCUUCCCGGACACCCCCAGCACAUGGAUGCUCGUGACAGCUCGGUUCAGUAUAUUCCCUUCAGCGACCCACGAAUCCGACACAUCAAAAUGGCCCAUCAUCAGGACUUCAACCAGGAAACCAAAUUCCUUGAAAAUCUAUAUACCACAGGUCCCUCUGGUUUCCAAGGACCAGCUCGGGUUCAAGCACAAGAUGAUGGUGCCUUUUUUCAUCCCGAAAGCCAGGUCCUGGCAACCAAAAGUGAGAGAGAUCCUGCCAUUUAUGAACCUAGCCUUGGGUGGCUCCCGGCAGCACCCUCCCCAGACAGAGAAAUCUGUGCCUUGCCUGACCAAAGAGACAAUUGUGUUUUAAUCGAGCAGCAGCCUGAUAAGGAAAGCAGCCGUCAGCAGUGUGCUGAAGGGAGGGUUUCUUCCCAAAUCCCACAGUGGGAGAGUACCUGUGAAACCAUAACUAAGCUCAAAACAUUUCAAACUGGGAUUCAGACCAAGAAAAGUUCAAAGAAAAAAGUGAACGAGACUGUAUUUUGCUUGGUUUCUGUCCCAGUUAAAUCAGAGCCACAUCUGCCAGAUACAGAUAGGAAUAACAAUGAUUUAAAACAGAAUGCUGAUAAAAAGAACGGCAGUGAUAAGAGAGGGGCUUUGCAAGAACAAAGUCUCUUGAGCAUGUCUUCCACAGACCUGGAGCUACAAGCACUUACAGGAAACAUGGCCAGUAAAACUGAGCUACAAAAACAAGGACCGGGAGGGCCAAAGCAGUACAAACAAACAAAUGACCUCAGAUUCAGCCACCCCACAAAACACAGGGAGCUCAAAUAUUCUGGCUCUUGGCCAGGUGACCAGUACAGAGACCAGCAAACGCAGACCACUGUCACCCAAGAAUCCCAAACCUCCCAGUUUCUUCCUGCUAAAAAGAUGGAGAGCCAACACAAUGAACUGCCAGUUCCGAAAGUAUCAGACCCCACUCCACAAUUAUCAGACCUGUCUGCCUCUGAAGCCCUGAAGCCAACAGCAUCACCUCCUAGGGACUGGAAGUUGAGGCCCAAUACUGGGAAUCUGAAAGGUCAGAUGUACUUCAGUCCAUCCAGCAGUAGUGCUUUCUCAAGGACUGCUUCAUCCACUAUUCAGGGGCCUGCAUCAAAUGCAGGCCAAAGCCAGCCUUACGGGGCCUCCGCCGAUGUAAACGAGAGGGACGUUAAGCCAGUCAUCAAAGGUCAAAUUGUGAAGGGUGAGGCAAGUGCCCCAUGCAACAGUAAAGAACUCUUCGGUCAGUUUCUCUUAAAACCAGUUAGCCGUCGUCCCUGGGAUGUAAUAAGUCAGUUAGAAAGUUUUAACAAGGAGCUUCAAGAACAGGAAGAAGGCAGCAGCAGCAGCAGCAGCAGCAUUGAUGGAGAAGUUGCAGAAAGUGAGCAGCAGAUGCAGGGAGAUGGUGCUGAUACAGUUGGUGAUGCUGAUGCUUUACUAAAGCAUUAUAAGCCUGAUGAACCCAGCCAGGAAGUAAGAGUUGGGCUACAGCCAAGGACAGCAAUACCGGAGGUUCCCGUAUUUAAAUCAGGAAGAGUUAAGAGUUUGGAGCUGACAUCUGACUUCAUAUAUGACUAUCCUCAAUCACACAUACCUUUCCAGAGAAGAGAUAGCAAAGGUGAAUCUGUCAAGCCCACCAAUGAAAGUGCAAUUCCGGAAACAAGAAACCAGGAAACUGAGACUAAAAUAAACGAAUUGGCCAUCAGCCCAGGCCCUGUGAAAAGAAUGAUGUCGAGUGGUUUGCUGAAGACAAUUCCCAACCCCUUGAGCUACUCAGCUGACAUAAGAGAACCCCAAGAAAACAGGCAAUAUAGCGAUGUAUUAAAUUCUGUUCCACCGAACCAAAUGAUUCAUCCCAGGGGUAAUGAGGAUGAAGAGAGGGAGUCAGGAGUACACAUUUCUUUAGUGAACAAAAACCAAGAUCUGUCUGAUCCAGAAGUAAAGUUUGUGGGGCUUGAUACAGGUCCAGAGCAUAGUGCCAAUAAGUUAGAUGACAUUUUAGAAAAACCAGGUGCAAUAGAAAUCCCUCCUAAUGAACCCCUUCAAACAAGGGCUGCCCGGAUUCUGGGCAUAGAAGUAGCCAUGGAGUCCCUCAUCUGUGGUAACAAGGAAAGGGAGCCAAACCUUCCUCCCAGUCCUGCUCAAAAUGUUCCCAAGGCUGAUUUGUCAGCAACAGAAACAUCAUGCAAUUUGGUGCAACCAAAUGACCCUGACCUCACAUCAUCAAAACGUGCUUUUGAUAGCAGGAGAAAGUGUGGAUGGACCCAAAGCCCUCUCUUUGUCGGGGAGAGAGACACACAUUUGAAGACACAUAUAAUUCCCCAAGAUUCUGAACUGAACCCAGAUGUGGAUGGAGAUGACCCCACCAACACUUUGGUCCCUGAACCUGAGCCCAAAUCCCCUUCCAAGCUCCAUGGUCAAAAGGACCUCAGGACAAACCAAUUCUACAAGUCAACUUUGUUUCAUUAUCUGGAAAGAAACUCUGCUGGGAUGGGCUCAGAAAAGAAAUUCAGAAGCACCUCCAAGGUGAUUGAAACUAUACAAGAGAAAUUAGUCAGCCCUCCUACCAAAACAGCUGUGGACCGGCUAAUGAGAAUGAAGGAAGUUGAUUCUGUCUCUCGAAUUAGACGUCUCAGUUCCAAGAGCACGGAUUCUGGGGAGGAGACAGAAGAAGAGAAAAUUCAGAGAAGACUGGAAGGACAGUCAAGGCUUGGUUUUGGUUCUUUGAAUGGCAGUGACCCAGGACACACAGUGGAGGAGGCUGGAGCUAUGUCUAAGCAUAUCACAUCCAUAGAAGAAAAUGGGCAUCGGACAAUACAUAGUGUGAAGAAGAAUGCAGAGCAAGAUCUUUUUUGCCUAGAUACGUACGAUCCUAGCCGAGUUGAAAGAGUCUGACAUGAGUGAUAUGCAAAAUCUUGAACCCUCCAGCCUGCUAAUUAAGUAUCCUCUGAUUUGGGGCUGAUCAGCUUGCCUGCCCCAAUUGUUUGCUUAGAAAUCAUCACUAGUUUUUGGUGUAUUGAUAAAGCCUUUACCACUGCCAAUAGAAAUUCAUCGUUCUUCCAGAGCUAUUUUGUGGAGAUAAUGAAAAUCUUGCUCUUUGAAGCCACACCUGCUUUCUGUAGCAGUUCUAAUUAAGUUGUGCCUACAUUUGUCAAGGUAUUUUCACACUGAUGGAGGUAGCUAGGGUGUAAAUGGGAUGGGCAUUUCAUCUAGUCCUUCAGUGUCAAAGGUCAGACACCAGAAUACUAUAAAAAUGAUUUGGAAAAGAAUGUGAAUGUGUUAGCUCCCUUUCUGAAUCUCUAAAGCCCAAGCUUUUGUGUUUAUAGGAUGGAAUCUUGGAAAUACAUUGUUUCUGAGAGUCCUUCUGCACUUUGAGUUGUGGGAAAAUGUGGAACGAACGUAAGGUUAGAGACUGAUCAUUUUAAAAUCAAUUUGGCCACCUACUGUUGAAAAGAAUUUGCUUUAAUCAUGUAAGUAAACUUGCCACAUUUAGGGAAUAAAAGCAAUACCUUAUAAGCUCCUAAGGGGUAAAGACUUGUGCCAUAAUGGACUAAGGAUUUUAUUUAUGGAGCAACUAAAUAUUUUGGUCAGUUGCAUACAAAAUACCAUUGUGUGUUUUGCACUCAGUAUUAUCUUUUAUUUUCUGUAUGGAUGUUUAGAAAUUCUUUUAUAUGAAAAAAAUGCUGAUUUAAAAUAGCCCAUUUUAACAAAGUAACUAUAUUUCUUUUUAGGAGAAUACUAUUUUUCUAUGAUGUAAACUAUUGUUUGGUGGCAGAUUUUUAAAGAAGUAUUAUAUUUAAAAGAAUCUGUAUCCCUUUGUGUGAAGGGAACCCUAAGGAGGGUUCAGUUUGAUGCUUUAAUGUACGUGUUAUAUCUCAUAGUCGUAUACAAUGCUGCCAUUUGGAUUUUGUUGUGAAAAGAGAUGUCUAUAUAUAAAAAAAUAUUAUGGGGUUAAUUAACUUUUUAAAAAUGAAUUUUUCACAAAGAUUUUUCACAAACAUAGCUGAUGGGGUAUUUUUGGAAGUCAUCCUUUUCAGGGUGCACCUGAAAUCCUCCAAGUAUCAUAACUGGUGCCAGAUUAACUAGAAUUACCAAAAAGUGGUUUCAUAUUGUGUCUGAUUGUACAGCCCUGAAAUAGACCUUCUCCAAUUCACCCAAUACUUCCCUCUUCCCUAACCACCAUACACGUGUGUGUGUUCGCGCACACGCUUACACACACACACAUACACACACACACACGUACACAUGCACAGAGUUAAGCAUUUUACCUGGAAUGGUUCUGAAUUAGUCUCUGUAUUAAAAAUAUUGCUUUGAGACAUUAAAUAUGUGGCAUUUCAAAAGAGUAUUUUGAGGCCUGUACAUUCUGCUGUUUAAUAUUGCAUUAAUCUGCACAAACUUUAUUUAUGAAUUUUUUAUGUGUUUCUGUCCACUCUCUUUGUAAGAUAUUUUUGUUUGGAUUCUUUUGAAGGUUCCUUGCUUCCAUCCCCCUUCUUCCUUGCAUGAGAGUUGUCUCUUACAUUGUUCUUUCUCAAAAGGCUCCCUUAUCUAUUUUUAUUCAUCUCAACUUCCUGAAAUGAUCAUUUUUGGGUGGUCUGUAAUUUGGCCCCAAAAACAACCCUUGUGGUGCUUUAGACAACUCUUUUUAUAUCUCCACCAUAUGAUUUUUUUUCCUUACAGAAGAGCUUUAUAAAUUUAGUCUAUUAUAAACAAAAUAAGAUCCAUGUAAAUCAUUCUUCAAAAUCCCCUCAGAUAUACUAAUGAACAAUCUUGGCAUAUAUUUUAUUAUUCAUUUUAAGUUUUGGCUUUUCCAGCUGGAAAGUUACAAUAAGAUAUAGCAUUCAUAUCAGUAGGGACCAGGGCCAAGUCACUGCUUGGAAUGGCCAUGGAAUUGCUCUUUCUGGGAAAGACUUUAGUGGGGAAUGGUUCACUCAAACUUUGGUCAUUGGUUAACCACUUAGAUUAGUGUAGGGCCAACUGGCCUGAAACUGAACCACCUGACAAGCCUAUUUGGGACUUGGUGUCCUUUUCACAUUUUAGAAAGUGGGAAGAAUCUUCUUUUUUUUUUUUUUCAAAGACUAACCCUGUCCCCUCAAAAACUAUCAACGUAUUGCCUAAAGGUAUUCAAAUUAGAAAUAUCAUCCUAGAAAUGAUUGGAAAAAAGUGAAACUGAGCUUUGUUCUUACUCCAGAUUCCUCCUAAUGUCAACAGUGGGAAAAAGAAAAAUGGAAACUCAAGAGAAAGGAGGAAAAGGGAGGCAAAAUGUCUCAUUCCAUUAUGGUAGAUAAAUAAUUUAGGAAGUAUAGAGGAUAAUGACUUUGAGACUUCCAUUAGUAUCAGACAACUGACAAAUGUAUCAUCCCCAAAUAUGGCUUAUUUGAAGAUUUGAAUCCAAUAACAUCAAUAAACACAGAGUUUGCUCCACAUUAAAUGGAGUAUAAUUGAUUACUUGGGAGCAAUUACUCGAUUCAACUACAAUAAACUAUUUCACUACUACUUAUUGGCUACAUGUUUUCUUGGUAAACAUGGCUAUUAACACGGUCAUGUUUAUCAAGAGUUUGGGGACUUAAAAGAUUAAAGUUUAGUUAUGACCAAUUUUAAGCUAGAAAUUUAUAGAAAAAAAUCUAAUGUAAAAUAGAAGUAAAUGAUACUUUAAAAAGGAAAGAAAACAAAUUUAGCUAAUGGCAACUUGGUUCUGAUUUGUCAUGCUUUGUAGCAAACUUUUUGAAGAUAAUGUUUCAAUAUUCUUUCCCCGUGUCCUUUGCUAUAACCACAGCCUGUCCUAGAGUAUGAACAAAAUGUGUAAAGAUUGCCCUCUAGGAAGCCUUUAGUUCCUGACACACACACCCCAAUCUCUGCUGGGCAUAACUUUUCUGGCCCAGGGAAUUUUUUGAGACCCUUCCUUUUAGUAUCAUUGGGUUUAUUGGCCAGUUUGGUUAGGGUAGAUGUUAUUAAUUAGUGGGAGUUGUACCAUUCCAUUAUGGAAUAGGAGGGAAUUCCCACACUGAUCAAAUCCUUAAUGGGGCUUUACUGUUUGGGGACUAUUUUUUUUAAUUGGUGAAAGGCCACUGUUAUUUAAAAUCACCAUGGUGAAACAAACUAUCCCAAAUCUGUGGGACACACAUUGACCUAUGGAAUAGCCUAUCCCAUGAUCUAGGAUGCAUUUCAAUAACACCCACCACAAAUUCAAGUGGCUCACCAAUGAGGUAGAUUGAAAUGACCCUAAUCACUUUCAGAGAGCAAAACAUUGACGUUUCCCAGCAAUUGCUUGUUACGGAAUUUCUAUGGCUGGGGUGCUAGCAGCAGACUAGGGGACGCUAAUGAUUGUGUAGAGAAAAUCAGGUUCUGAUUCUAUUAGAAAAAGUAUCUGGAAGGAAGCCAGGCUUAAUCCACCAACUUUCAAAGAGUAUAUUUGUGAUUGUUGGCCAACUUUGCAAAAGUUACUAAGUAAUGCAGAAUUAAGUGUUAAUUAAGUGUCAUCUUCUGGAAAGUGAUGAGUGCCACAAGAUUAUAGUUAUAUAAAUAUCUGACCUUGUGGAGAUAUUUCUGAUGUUAUAAGUUUUUACAAACAAAGACUUUCAUAUUUGGGGCCAUUGUUCUGCUUAAAACAGGGACUGCCUGAUCCGUCUGUGUAUGGAGGCAGGACUUAAGAGAUGAGGGUGGGAUGGGACUAAGCUAUUGCUAGUGAGGAAUUUUUGUGUCUUUUUUUUUUCACUCAAGCUAUAGAUUUUGUGAGUCUGUUUAUGGGAGUGGAGUUGCUACUCUAAACUGGGUUUAGGAAAAACAUUCCAAAUGACCUUUAAGAAUCUGCACAGUGGGAGGUCUCUCCAAAGAGUAGGAUAUUUUCCUCUGGCCAGGACUGACCAGACCAAGAACAGGGAGAUAAUAAAGUAGCAGGAGAAAGAGAGAUAGACACACGAAGAGAGACAGAAAGUGAGUGAGAGAGAGAGAGAGAGAAGUUAUGUCGCG